GGAGGGGAGAGGACGUCAUGUUGAGGAAACGAAACCUAAAGAACCCCGACAUGUGUGAUAAAUAACACGCAUUAAAUAGUCUUAAAGACAGAAAAAACAACAAGGAAUGGCUAACACUUCCUGGUCUGAGGAGAACUUUUCAUGUCCCAUCUGUCUGGAUGUGUUCAGCAGUCCAGUUUCCACACCAUGUGGACACAACUUCUGCAGAACCUGUGUUACUAAGUUCUGGGAUGAACAAGUCAAGUACAAAUGUCCAGUUUGCAACAAGAUUUUCGACAUAAGACCUGACCUACAGGUCAAUACCCUCUUAUCAGAGCUGGCUACUCCGUUUAGAAAGUCCUUACGAGCAAAAAAGCAGCGAUGUGUUGAACCAGGAGAAGUUCCCUGUGACGUCUGUAUUGGGACCCAGCUGAAGGCUGUGAAGUCCUGCCUAGUGUGUUUCACCCCUUACUGCCAAACCCACCUGGAGCCACAUCAGAGAGUAGCAGGCCUGAAGAAACAUCGGCUGGUCGAGCCUAUGGACCGUCUGGAAGACAGGAUGUGUAAGAAACACGACCGACUUCUGGAGCUCUUCUGCCAGACUGAACAGGUGUUUGUGUGUCAGUUCUGCACAGAGGGUGAUCACAGGUCCCAUCCUGUUGUACCUCUAAAGGAGGAAUAUGAAGUGAAGGUGGGCCAGCUGGGGAAGAUAGAGGCUGAAGUUCAGCAGAUGAUCCAUAACAGAAUACAAAUUAUUCAGGGCAUUAAAGACACAGUAGAAUUAAACAAAAAAGACUGCGAUAGAGAGAUAGCCGAUGGUUUGCUGGUCUUCACCACUCUGAAGCGCUGCAUUGGAAAAUGCCAGGAUGAUUUCCAUCGAGCGGUUAAAGAGAAACUCAAUUCCACAGAGAAACGAGCUGAAGACCUCAUCAAAGAGCUGGAGCAGGAAAUAAAUGACCUGACCAAUAGAAGCUCAGAAGUGAAGCAACUCUCACACAAUGAAGACCCCCUCCACUUCCUCCAGGCCUUCAGAUCCCUGAAGGAUCCUCCACCCACCAGGGACUGGACGACGGUGGAGGUCCGUCCUCCGUCAUACAUAGGGACCUUGAGGAGAUCACUGGAUAAGCUGGAAGAGACUCUGAACAUGGAGAUGAAGAAGCUGCGUGAUGCUGAACUGAAAAGGGUCCAGCAGUAUGAAGUAGAUGUGACUCUGGAUCCUCAUACAGCUUAUCCCAAGCUCAUCAUGUCUGAGGAUGGGAAACAAGUACAUUAUGGAGGUGUAAGGAAAAAACUCCUAACCAACCCUAAGAGAUUUAAUCGGUAUACAUGUGUUCUCACAAGGCAGUGCUUCUCCUCAGGGAGAUUUUACUUUGAGGUCCAGGUUAAAGACAAGACUGAAUGGUGUUUAGGAGUGGCCAGAGAGUCCAUAGACAGAAAAGGUUGCAUCAUAUUCAGCCCUAAAACAGGUUACUGGACUCUUUACUUCAAAAAGGAUACGUUGUUAUUCGGUGAGGACCCUGAUAUCCGUCCGAGAGCUGAGCUCCAGAAGGUGGGGGUGUUUGUUGAUUAUGAUGAGGGUCUUGUCUCCUUCUAUGAUGUGCAAGCCAGGGUUCAUAUCUACUCUGCUGCUGGCUGCAACUUUAGAGAGCCUCUCUAUCCACUCCUCAGUCCAGGUGACCAUCGGGUUGGUGCAAACUUUGCCCCCCUGAUCAUCUCACCUGUCAAUCAAACAGAUUCGCGUGCCACGCCGGCCUUCAUCUUCUCCGCACUCAUCGAGCUCACCGCCGUCGACCAGCGACCAAGCGGAGCUGGGCCCGGGGCGACAGGGAAGCACCAGACAGACCACACGUUCCACCCUGUUGUACCUCUAAAGGAGGUGUAUGAAGUGAAGAUGGCCCAGCUGGGGAAAAUAGAGGCUGAAGUUCAGCAGAUGAUCCAGAACAGAAUACGAAUGAUUCAGGGGAUUAAAGACACAGUAGAAUUUAGCAAAAAAGAGGCAAAUAGAGCGAUAGCCGAUGGUGUGCAGGUCCUCACCGCUCUGAAGCGGCGCAUUGCAAAAUGCCAGGAUGAUUUCUAUCGAGCAGUUAAAGAGAAACUCAUUGUCACAGAGAAACAAGCUGAAGACCUCAUCAAAGAGCUGGAGCAGGAAAUAAAAGACUUGACUAAUAGAAGCUCAGAGGUGAAGCAGCUCUCACACAAUAAAGACCACCUCCACUUCCUCCAGGCCUUCAGAUCCCUGAAGAAUCCUCCAUCCAGCAGGGACUGGAUGACGGUGGAGGUCCGUCCUCCGUCAUAUGUAGGGACCUUGAGGAGAUCCAUGGAUCAGCUGGAGGAGACUCUGAACAUGGAGAUGAAGAAGGUGCCUGACCUGAAACCAGGCAUAAAGAAGUAUGCUUGUGAACUCACACUGGACCCGAACACAGCCCACAGAAAACUCUCUCUGUCUGAGGACAACAGAGAGGUGACACUGCUUAGAUGCAAUCAAGGGUAUCCUGGUCACCCAGAAAGAUUUGACUAUUGUAGACAAGUGUUGUGCAGAGAGGGCAUGACUGGCCGCUGUUACUGGGAGGUAGAGUGGAAGGAAAGGGUGGAUAUAGGAGUGACAUACAGAGGAAUCACAAGGAGAGGAUGUGGGGAUGAUAGCAUGCUUGGAGAGAACAACAUGUCUUGGUGUCUUCAUUGUGAUGAUAAUAAUGGUGAUGAUUUUUUCUCUGCCCACUUCAACGGUAGACAAACAGGCAUACCUGUCCCCUCUUGCUCUAACACAAUAGGAGUGUAUCUGGACCAGCCUGCUGGCAUUCUGUCCUUCUACGAAGUGUCCCAAGAUGUAGGAGGGACCUCAGACACACUGACACACAUCCACACCUUCCAGCAUACAUUCACUCAGGACCUCUACCCUGGGUUUAUGUUGUAUGAUUAUGGUUCCACAGUGUCUCUGUGUCGGUUAUAGUCUCUUCCCUCCCUACCUUCCUUGCUGCAUGGUGGGAUUGUGGUCUCUAGACUGAGUGACUUUCAAACGGUUGUAUCCUUUGUGUCUGUAUUUUUCCUUGUCAGUGUGUAAAUGCAGCGGGUCUAGGGAGGGUUUUGUUAUCUUUGCCGCCAGCCAGCUAUUGCUGGGCAGCAUUUCUGUUUGGACACAAUGACAGAGAUGACCAAACUCAGAGGUCGUGGGCCAUGGUAUAUGGCGACAGUUUUGACAGAAUGUCAGUUGUUUUUGACAGUCUGUCAAAAACAUGGAAGAAGUGAAAAUCCAAGACAAUUUUAACGCAAACAAUUGUUUGUCAAGUCAGUAAAAAACCUAAUGCAGGUUAAAGAAAAGGGGUCUUCUCUGACCAAGACAUCAACAGGUUGAAGAAUAUCAGAGAACUGAAUGAUGAUGAAGGUUAAAAGAUAAUCAGCAUUGUAGAGAAUAUUUACGUAAAUAACAAAAUAAGAAGCUAUCCACAAAAAUCCAUUGACAUACAGUAGCUCUAUAUCUCUAUGUGUGUAGCAAUAACUGCAGCAUGUUGACUUGAAAUCGAGAAUUCAUGGAGUAUGCAUGCUGUUUUUCUUGUACAUACAUUGUCAUUAAAAAAAAUAUCCCUCCCAUAACUUACACACUCAUAACUCACACACACUCAUAACUCUCUCACACUCAUAACUCACUCACUUUUUUACUAUUACAUGAAUGGGUUGGUAUUUAAUGAUAACCCUGUUUCCGUAUCCCUCCGAGAGCUGAGCUCCAGAAGGUGGGGGUGUUUGCAGAUUAUGAUUAUGUGUUACACGCCUCUACACCCCCACUGGCCUUGCAGUGGCAGUGCAAUGGUCUUUGGGUGGGGCACGGGCACAAUCAAGUUAAUUGUGCACACCUGCAAAGGUGUGCUUAAAAGCCAUGCCUUCAGCCUCAGAAAGGGGCUUGCUUUCUCGUGACAACAUGUGCUACUGUCAAGACUUUUAACGUACAAUUAUUUAUGAAAGUAAAACACUUUACUGUUGGAUUUAAACUCUGUGGUCUGUCGCCAUAUUUUAUUGCAGCUUCCGAGCCAGUCUUAACAUGGGGGCACGUCCGAGACUUCUUGAACCUUUUAGGGAGACGGGACCAGAGUUUUUUGUUCAAUUUUCUUUGUUGUUAAUCUGAGUAGGGUCGUUUUGACCUGUUUUUAGAACUGGUUUUUGCACUCCCUGGAAAGAUUAGUGUGUGGAGAGGCUACCCCGUGGAGAAGGCAUGCUAGCCUCGAGCCCGGUAUGCCUCAGAAGAUGGUAAGGUUAUUCUAGCUAACUCGAAUAGGUCUGUGGAUUGCUUUCCUCGUCAACAUGUCUACCGAUUUUUGACAAACAGCCAUACUCACCACUCUUUUGUCUGGAGCAAUUUUGAGCCAUGUAUUUAACCUGUUCAUUAAGAAAUCUGUAGCUUUUGUACGUGUAGCCUUUAGUGAGAGCUAAUUGCUGCUGAUUGACUGGUCAGUGCAGGUUCAUUAACAGAAAGCAUGUGGUGUUAUAUCUGUGUGGACAUGCCCACUUUGUGUGAAGAUCAGCAUUUUUGAUGCUUAUUAAAUGAGUGAGUUGUACGUGGAACUGACCUUUAGUGAGAUGGUGGUCCACCCACUUUUGUAGAUCACCUGUGUAGGUUGUUAGCCAGGUGAAGGCAGCAACUUUUGUUUGUGUGGUAGUGAGCCACACUAGUGAUCAGUGCUGUGGGUGUGAGCCACACUAGUGAUCAGUGUUGUGGGUGUGGCUUUCCAUUUUGAGUGGUCACAGGUGUGUGCUACACUGAACUUGUUACACCCCCACUGGCCUUGGAGUGCAAUGGUAUUUUGGUGGUGCACAGGCACAAUCAAGUUAAUUGUGCACACCUGCGAAGGUGUGCUUUAAAUCCAUGCCUUCAGCUUCAGAAGGGGGAUUGCUUCCCGUGACAACAUGUGCUACUCUCCAGACUUUCAACAAUUAUUUAUGAAAGUAAAACACUUUAUUUCGGGAUUUAAACUCUGGUCUGUCGCCGUGCUUUGUUGUGGUUUCCGAGCCGUAAACAUGGUCGUAACACCAUGUUUACAUGAAGGAGGUGUAAACUCUGCCCCCUAGAUCAUAUAACCUGUAAAUUAAACAGACAAGGACUUUUGUUUAAUAAUAAAAUAAUCAAGCAACCCAAACGACUAAUGCUUCCUGAAUUAGAAUCUCAACUAUGUGAGAUCUGUGAUAGUUUAAUGUUGUACUGCUGUCAUUUAGCCAAGAGUUAACAAGAAAUCAUUAGGAAAAUAACCCUUAAUUUAAAAAAUAUUGGCCAUUAUACAUAAUUAGAUUCCACUACAUUCUUCAAAGUGUGAUUUCUGUGUUUCUUUUUGGUUUAUUGCUAUACAAUUGCACAUUUAUAGCAUGUUUCGAGGAUACGGUUUAUCAUACUAAUAUACUAUACAUACUUUACAUUACUAUCAGUUAAUAUUUCGCAAUCAUGUACACUUUUCUGAAAUCAAUAAAAUCGAAGAAAAUUGAAUCUGUACAUGCUUAAUGGAAAAAUCUUUUCACGGGAAAAGUAACACUACCUUCGAUCCGUUCAUCACAUAUUUGAAGAACUUUAACUGAAAAAUAUGUUUUUUAAUAUGUUUUGCCUAUGCACUGUGUGACAGUUUGUGUGUGUGUGUGUGUGCCCGCGUACAUCUGUGUUUGCGUGUAUGUGUUUGUAACAGAGAGGUCUAAGGGGGAGAAAGGAUUAUGUUUGUUUAACCAAAGCUAGCUCCCUGAAUGUGUAACUGAACAGUUUAUUAAGUUCAUGUUUGAGUUUUGUUUCUAUAUGUUUUGUAUCUAUCACGGGGAACAAGGCGCUGAACGGUGGUCCUCGUUCCUCUGUGUACAGUGAUUUAUUAUCCUGGAUCUUUGUUAGGCAUUCUCCUGACUUAACCUAUUUGAUUAAGUUGAAUAAAAAAGUUGAGACAAAAACAAAAACAUGAA